AUGAUGAAGAUUAUAUGGAUUCUCGUCUUUGGCUUUCAUUUAGUAGAAAGUCAAGACAGCGUCGAAGAUGCUCUCCUUGACGGGAAAUCUCUCUUCACGAAUGCAUCGCUUCAAACGUAUUUGAAAGAUUUGGAUCAUCUCAAUGAUAUUUAUAUGGAAAUCAAUGAUAAACCUAUGGUGAGUCUUGGCACAGGCGGUGGCUCGGGAGGUGCUUUAAUGCAUGCGUUGAAAAACACGGGCACCAAGAAGAUCAUUGGAAUCAACGGUCGACCCGAUCAGCUACCGUAUCUCUUCCAAGGAGACAUCAUCUUGACCGGUGAACAAAUGCAACAACAGAUCAAAGCUGCCGAAGCUCAGCUGGCCAAGAAGAAAGGUGAAACGUCGAGACGCGUUCGAAGUAUGACUUCAAAUCUUUCACUUCGAUGGAGACGCUUUCCCAUUCAAUACUACAUCUCGCCUGGGGCUCCAACGUCAGCCAUUCAAGCGGGUGUCACGAGAUGGCAACAACUCUCGUGUAUCACUUUUCAACAAGUUAACUCACCUCCAUCUGGAAACGGAUUGAUUUUCAUUCAAGGGAAUGGUUGCUAUUCAUACAUUGGAAUGACUGGUUUCUCUCCUCAACAAAUCUCCAUCGGAUUUGGGUGUGAAUCGCUUGGAACCGUGAUGCACGAGAUUGGUCACGCUCUCGGCUUCUACCACGAGCAGGCUCGAUCUGACCGUGACUCUUACGUGAACAUUUUGUGGCAGGAUAUCCAAAGCAUCUAUCAAUCCCAAUUCAGUGAACAGUCGGCGGCGUCAAUGAUCGAUUACGGAGUGGCAUACGAUUAUGGAUCCGUCAUGCACUAUGAUCAAUUUGCUUUUUCCUCAAACGGACAAGCGGCCAUUCAAACGCUCGACCCAAACUAUCAGCUAACUAUCGGACAGCGAAAUCAGGCUGCUUUCGCUGACGUGAAGAAGAUCAAUCUCGCCUAUUGUAACGCUAGCUGCUCAAAUGUGUUGUCGUGUGUGAAUGGCGGAUACACGGAUCCAAUGAACUGUGAGCAAUGUCGAUGUCCGGAUGGACUUGGAGGCACCCUCUGUGACCAAGCGGCUGCCUCCUAUACGGGAUGCUCAGCCGGCAAUCUCCAAGCUACUUCAACCCUUCAAACGAUCACCGCUCAGGGCAGUCUUGUCUGCAACUAUUUGAUUACGGCUCCACCCGGAAAGAGAAUCUAUUUCCAAGCCAGCUCAUUGUCUUUCCCAUACCAAGCCGUUUGCAGUCAAGCCUACUUGGAGCUCAAGUACAAUGCGGAUCUCGGACGAACGGGUGCCAGAUUAUGCCGACAGGCCUCAUUGAGUGGGAUGACAAGUGGCGGCUCGUCGAUGGUGGUGAUCUUUCAGGGUGGAAGCACCUCACGAUUCACUCUCAGCUAUAGAUAUGAUCCACCAGACACUUCCCCAACAACGACAACAACGACAACAACGACCCAGUCAACCCAGUCAACCCAGUCAACCCAACCGACCACUCGACCGGGCACAACAACCACAACAACCACAACUACAAGAACCACUACAACAACGACGACAACAAGGAGAAUCACAUGGCCAACAACUCAACCAUCCAGAUGUAGCCCGUGGAACUUUUGCAGUCAACCCUGUGGUGGCUGUGGAAUCCAGUCGAGAGUUUGUUCAACUGGAGUACAAACACAACCAUGCAACCUCGUCGCUUGUCGGGGCUUCUUCUGUUGUUCGCCAUUCAUUGUCUCUCGACAAGGCACUUGUAUAAAGCCAGCAUCCGACAAUGAGACUGAGCCAACUGAUUCCACUCCUGCUGUUCAGCCGAGUGAAGCGACCAAAGCGCUAACUCCAAAACCCACCACAAAGCCAGCCCCGAAAACCGCCAAAAAACCAAAACCAACCACAAAGAAGCCGAAUGGUAAAAUCGGAAAGAAAAUCGGUCAUCGAGCCGAAUUCUUCGAUGACGAAGGAAGUGGGGAAGAGCCAAACGCUGUGACUCGGAAACCAAUCACGAAGCCCGGGAAACUAGCUGAUAAAAUUCGACGACCCUACAGAAAAUCGGCUGUUUUCGUUGACGAACUUGAGAAAAACGACUCUUCGACUGAAAAAACAGAAGCU